AUGGCGGAGGUGGUGGAGUUCCGGGUGCCCACAGGGAGCGCCCAGACGCUGCUGGUCUGGGGGCUGGAGCCGGAGCCGGGCCUGGAGCAUUCCCUGUUUUCAGCAUUUUCCAAAUUUGGGCUGCUCUACUCCGUGCGAGCACACAGAAAUGCUGCUGUGGCAGGGCCUGGGUAUUACGCCGUCAUCAAGUUUUAUUCAGCUGGAGAUGCCAGCAGGGCCCAGCGCACGUGCAAUGGGCAAAGGCUGUUUCAGAAAUCUCCCUUGAAGGUUUGUGUUUGCACCAAGCAGAAUGGGUUUCAGCAACAAGUCCUUGCUCUCAACAGCAACAAGUGCCAGGAGUUGGCCAACCACUACCUUGGCUUUAACGGCUGGUCCAGUUGCAUCGUCACACUGCAGAAUGUAUCUGACUUGGAUGGUGAGAAUGAGGAACUGGGAAAGACAUUACAGAAGCGAUCCGUGAAAUACCUGUGUGCUGUAGAGGUGACACUGCCCAACCAUGGGGUACGCACCAGGGGAGUUGCCCUCGGUGAGGCAGACGUAGAAAACGGUGAAGAUCCUCUCGAGUUUGUCACAGCCUCAAGAAGAGUUCAGAGACUCGCAGUCGGGAAAGCUUUGUCUAGUGCCUUUCAGAAGAUAGUCCUCAUAGUCUUAGAGAAUGGGAAAGUGGCUGUGGAGUACCGUUCCUCCCAAGAGGAGCCCACAGACUCCUUAACAGAAGAGGAACUAAAGGGGCUUGUUCAGGUCAAUGAAUUGUCCUUGGAACAGUUUGACCUCGAAGAAGAAGUUUUGUCUGAUCUCAGUUUUGAUGAUGAGCUCGCUAGCCGGGAGAAUUAGUGCAGCUCUGUCGUCACAUCGUUUCCAAAAGUUUUGCAGUGUUUGAUUGGAAUGAAAGUCUUAACUCUGUGAAGUGACGUGUGCGUCAUAUCCAAUGUUUUCUUUUUCUCCAAAUACCUAACAGCAAAAGACAUGGGCAAUAAACCUAGUGUUACUAAAAUUAAGCCCAAAAAUACAUGCUGUUUUUGGAGAGGAAGUGUUUUCCUGUUAACUUAUCCAGGUCAGCUAUAUAUGGAAGCCAGCUUAGCUGCAUGAUUAUUAUUUAGACAGCAUAACAGAUGUGCAUAGCACUUAUAGAAAAAUAAAAGGAACAAGCCCACGCUGCAAGAGCCUACAGUUCAGGUUCCCUCUGAUCUGCAGGAGAAAGCCGGAGAUGGCAGAAAGAGAUGUCUUACCAGCAGGAGUAGCUGUGGUACUUACACACGUCUGCACAGGCACAGAACAAAGUAUUUCUCUAAGUGAAAUUUCUUUUAAAGAAAUAAGCCUAAGUCUUGUAAUAAUGUGUUGAGCCACAUGUGCCACAAGAGCCACAUGUGUUGAGCCCCAGCUAUAAGUAGUUGGGACGUUAUCACUAUGUAAAGCAAAGAUUCUUUCUAACGUCCAACAGGUUUUUCAUUAAAUUAAGUAAAAUUUUGUAACUCAGUGUGAUGAAUGAACCUCAGAGGCAGCA